CCAACACCAUCAUUACAUCCUUCAUCGUAUUCAUAGCACUCCGAUGCCAUAUAAUCAUACGGGUUGAACUUUACCUGAAUAUUUUCUUUGAACGAAAGGCAUCCCUUACCUUCUAUCUUUGGUUAGAAUAUUAGCCAUUUAGUCUCCAACCAUCUCGCAACGUUUACAAUGCCCGAGACUUUCCACUCAUUUGGCCGUCUCCCGCCGGAACUGAGGGACAAGAUCUGGAAGCUUGCAAUCAGACCUGGUGGCACUGCUCGACGGGGUGCACACAUAUUCAGCAUUCAUAGAGGAAGCGGGCGUAACAUUGAAAAUGCCGUCGUAGUAGCUGCCAGUGGUUUCAAGCUUCAUCUGGCGGCUCCGAAAUACGAGCCCAGAUCUAUUGACACCGGCUUGAUUGUCACUUCUGGACAGGAGGUGACCAGUUCAUGGACACACCACAAUUUUUCAACGUACCUUAUUGAUGGAGGCCUUUGGAACGCGUGUAAAGAGUCUCGACUUGUCAUCGAACGCGUUUUCGAUAGCGAAAAAUGGGAUGCGGCCCGGGGUGCGUACCCGCCGUCGCCGGCAACGAGUUAUUUUCGUGGUGAUGACUCAACUAACCGCUACUUCACCGUUAUCCCAUCCGAAGACCUCUUUUACCUCCAGCCGCAAACAUUCGGCUACUUUAUGUUGGAAUGUAUCGGCAAGUGGAACGGCGUCGCUCUUGGAUCUAGACGAUGGGGCUUCACUGGCCUAGCCAAUAUCGCUUUAGAGUAUGACCCGGCGUGGGGGAUUCUAGUAGAGAAGACUGAUCCGGAUACGAGAGAUCGCUUGAUUAUUAUCGACUUAAUCAUCAAAACCUUAUUCCAUGCAAAGGGCUUGUCAUGUAUCUGGUUCGUCGACUACAGGAUCAAACAAAGAUGCUAUGUGCCAACCAAGAAAGAGGCCUCGUGCAAGGGACCCAUAAUCUUCUAUGGUAGCGACCGUCGCUUUGUGGAAGUACGAGGAGGAGUCGAUAAGUGGGAGACAGACUUUGAGGACGACGCCGGGAUUAACAGCAGCUGCUGUAAGUUUAUCGAUGCGGUGGAGUACGUUUUAGAAGAUCGGAUGCUGCCUUUCGACAUGUCGGGGUCGGGUGGUAUUUGGCCCCCCCAUUUUGGCGUCCUCGCCUGUGAGUACGUUUGAGCUGAAGGAGUAAGGAUUGAAUCUAAAAGCCGACUAUACAUGUAUCGAAUUACAACUCGUUUGCCCUUGAGCUUGUGACUCCGUUAUGGGACUGAACUUGAUAAUUAGUUGAUACAGG